GGAUUUGGAUAAUGACAUGUAAUUAGGGAGCCCCAUUUUAGCUCUUGCGUAUAGUGAUUUUCUCUUAAUUAAGUAUAUUUAAUGCCUUCAUCUGCAAAUCUAUAUAAAGUGUUGCUCACUCUAGAUGGAAUAAAUGCUUCGAUACAUACUAUUCCUCCCUCACCACUUGCAAGAAAGAAAUAUUUCUUCUUCUCUCUCUUUUUCUCAAAGGCAUUCUUCACCUUUUCAUUUCUUUAAAGAUUGUGAUAUUUUUUUUCAGACAACAUUCUUCAAGAAAUGGUUGCACCUCUCUAUGCGUGGCCAUGGGAGUUCUUGGGCAGUUACAAGUAUGCUCUCUAUGCGAUUUUUCUUGCAAAAGACAUGUACACGAGAUUCCAAGAAGAUACCAUCAAGGAUUCUUGGAUUCUUCACACCAUCAAAGAUUCUUGGAUUCUUCACAUCUUCAUCUUAUCCAUGCUUAGGCUUAUAAUGUACCAAUCAUGGACUUCUUACAGCAAUAUGCUGUUUCUGACUCGAAACAGCCGUAUUAUAAAGAAGGGAGUUGAUUUCAAGCAGAUUGACAAAGAAUGGCAUUGGGAUAAUUUUAUUUUACUACAAGCUAUGGUGGCAUGUUUGGUGCUAUACAUGUUCCCCACCAUAGGAAAAAAUCCUUUGUGGAACAAAAAUGGGAUCAUAACAGCCAUACUACUUCACAUAGCAAUCUCAGAGCCAGUUUUCUACAGCAUACACAAAUGCUUCCAUGGAGACUACCUCUUCUCUCACUACCACUCUCUCCACCACUCCUCCGCCGUGCCACAAGCCUACACCGCUGGGCAUGCCACAUUCUUGGAGCAUCUGCUGCUGAUGAUGGUGAUCGGGAUACCGAUACUCGGGUCAUUCUUGAUUGGAUACGGAUCUCUGAGCUUGAUCUAUGGCUAUGUUUUGGCCUUCGAUUUGUUGAGGUGUUUAUCCCAUUCAAAUGUGGAAAUCAUUCCUCAUCAGAUCUUCGAGGCCAUCCCAUUUCUCAGAUAUCUCAUCCUUACUCCAACGUAUCACAGCCUCCACCAUGCUGAGAUUGGGACAAACUAUUGCCUCUUCAUGCCUCUAUUUGAUGCACUCGGCAACACCUUGAACAGAAAAUCAUGGAAAAUGCACAAGAAAAACUGUCUGAAUUCAGCGAAAAAUGGUCGGGUGCCGGACUUCGUGUUCCUAGCACACGUGGUGGACUUGUCUUCAGCUCUGCACGCCCCCUUUGUGAACAGAUCAGCCGCAUCCAUACCUUACUACACAAGAUUCUACACCAUGCCAUUCUUGCCUGUCACAUUCUUGGUCAUGCUCGCCAUGUGGGCCAGGUCUAGAACCUUCUUCAUCUCCUUCUACAACCUCCGCGGCCGCCUCCACCAGACCUGGGCCGUCCCCCGCUUCGGCUUUCAGUAUUUCUUGCCGUUUGCUGCCAAAGGGAUCAACAAGCACAUUGAAGACGCGAUUCUUAGAGCUAACAGACUGGGAGUGAAAGUGAUCAGCCUUGCUGCUUUGAAUAAGAAUGAGGCGCUGAAUGGAGGAGGGACACUGUUUGUGAACAAGCAUCCGAAUCUGAAGGUUCGAGUGGUUCAUGGGAAUACGCUAACGGCAGCCGUCAUUCUCAACGAGAUUCCCGACCAGGUGUCUGAGGUUUUCCUGACCGGAGCGACGUCGAAGCUCGGAAGAGCCAUUGCUCUGUACCUCUGCAGGAAGAAGGUUCGAGUUUUGAUGCUAACUCUAUCCACUGAGAGAUUCAAGAAUAUUCAGAAAGAAGCGCCGUCUGACUGCUCCAGAUUCCUCGUCCAGGUUACGAAGUACCACGCUGCACAAAACUGCAAGACAUGGAUAGUGGGGAAGUGGAUAACGCCAAGAGAGCAAAUGUUUGCUCCGAGUGGGACCCAUUUCCACCAGUUCGUGGUCCCACCAAUCCUCCAGUUUCGACGAGACUGCACCUAUGGCGAUCUCGCCGCCAUGAAGCUCCCCGACGAUGUCCAAGGCCUCGGAUCUUGCGAGUAUACGAUGGAGAGAGGAGUGGUUCAUGCUUGCCACGCGGGCGGGGUGGUGCACGCGUUGGAAGGGUGGGCCCACCAUGAGGUCGGGGCGAUCGACGUGGACAGGAUUGAUUUGGUGUGGAAAGCCGCCAUCAAACAUGGUCUCAAGCCCGUUUCAACUAUUCCGGCAGCUUCAUAAUUCAUCAAUUUUAAUUAGGACACAAUACAUUUCUUCUUCUAUUCACUAUAUUUAUAUUUAUAUUAUUGCGGUCUAGAUAUUAGUAUUAAUUAAGUAGAAAUAUAUAAUGUCUUGCUUGAAUCCCAAUUCAAUUGGCUCAAUUGUAGUUUAAUUUGUGGUUGGUGUUUUGGAAUUUGUAUAUUGACCAAUUCAGAUGGGAAUUUUAUGCCAAUUUUCUUGUUGCUUUUGAAAGAAA